UGGAAAACUGAAAAUUGCUAAUAAGCUUGGCAGCUUUUCAGAAAAUUGCCAUCUCUAUGGUUGCGGUUUUCAGAGCGGAAAAAUUAAGAUCGUGUUCCAAAACGGAUGUCACUUUUGUCAUCCGCUGCAUUCAGUCUCCCCGAGCUGCUCUCUUUUCAUGCUUUAUUUUUCAAACUGACGUCAAUCCGCUUAUCAUUAAAAGCGUGUGCGUCCGAGCUGUGCUCAACCGCGAACGAGCGACCGCAUUUACACGCGAAAAGAGCUCCACCGCUCGGCGUUCUUUUAAAAUUUUAUUUGUCGGCCAAAUUUUUGUCUCAGCCCGCCUUCCUUCUUGGGAGGCCUUUUUUCGCCGCCCGAUAACAACAACGCACUGCCACUGAUAAGCAUUCGGCUAGCGAGCUGAUAAGAGCCGUUAGGAAACGUCCGACUCUCGCGCCAAGCUGGAAAUAAUUGUUUUGCAAGCGGCUGUAAAUUGUAUUAUUUUGCCGAGAUACAAGGAGGUCGAAGGAUCAUCUGCCGGACUGAUUAGAAUAAAUAUGUAUACGCUGGAUCGAUGCUAACAUAAACAGCUCGGCACAGAACACCACUCUUUUGAAUAACAUUUUGCUUCAUAUCAAUAAAAAUGAACUCUAGUUCUAGGCAAAUCCGUUUGGCUCAGGAUGGACGCUCUGGUCGAAGAGAACGGAAACCCUGGCGGUUCUGACCCUCUGGCGGCGGAGGAGGUCGGAACCGUGACUUCGGUAGGAGACCAGGACUCUUACUCACAAGACUCGACUACUUACAAAACCUACCUUCAGGUGCAGUCGGUCAUCCAGCCAAACCAGCAGUCAGUUAUCCAGACGGCCGCCAACAUUCAGCCCGUGCAGCUGUCCAAAGGCAACGUAAUUCUUGUCGGCAAGCCGAAUUCAGUCAUCCAAACCGCGUCGGGGAACAUUCAAACCUUGCAAGUCGUGGAGACUGGUUCUGACGACAGUUUGUCUAACGACGACGACGGCUCGACCAAGAAGCGGCGAGAUAUCCUCACUCGGAGGCCGUCUUACCGCAAAAUUCUCAACGACCUGGGUGGCGGAGAAAUUGCAGGUGUGCAUUUUGUGGAAUCCACGUCUAUCAUUUCACAUAGAAACAGCUCUAAUAUUCACGUUAUUCCUGCUGGCGCGAUCCAGAUUUCCAGCGGCCAGGGUGACGGUAUGCACACCCUGACAAUGACCAAUGCUACAUCAGCAGGCGGCGCAAUUGUUCAGUACGCUCAGGGCCAAGAGGGUCAGCAAUUCUUUGUACCUGUGGUGGCCCAAAAUUCGAGCGGGACAAUGCAGUCAGCCCAGCAGAUGGCCGAGGAAGCGGCUAGAAAAAGGGAGCUGAGGCUUUUGAAAAACAGGGAGGCCGCAAGGGAAUGUCGGCGGAAGAAGAAGGAGUACAUCAAGUGCUUAGAGAACCGGGUAGCUGUGCUCGAGAACCAGAACAAGGCGCUCAUCGACGAACUCAAGUCUCUAAAGGAGCUCUACUGCCAACAAAAGGUUGAGUAGUGGUGCGCGUGCGCUCAUGCAGUCGACCAAAACUUUUGUCCUUCUCCGAAUGUUGUUGUCGUCAAAACCAAUCUGCGCAGUUUACUAGUGAGUUGCUGACCUGAUACAUCGGCGAUUCAAGAGCUGUGAUGACUUGCUUUCACGUAGAAAUUUCUCCUUUGGAAGUUUGCAUAUUUUCGUCGCAUGUCAAGUUGGAGUCUGACCAUAAUUACGGCAAAACGCAGUGACUACUACGAUUUAGCACCAGUCUAUUCAGAUAACACACUUCCAACUGGACAAUGUUAACAAAUCUAAGGUGUUGAUUCAUGUAUAGUGUAUAUUGGUGUGCGUGCGAGCGAGUGAGAAAGAAAGCGAGCUCAUUUUCAUUUAGAACUGACGUCUGUGACAACAAUUUGAAAAGUGACAUUUUACUAUUAAUUCUAAACCGCUCGAGUCGGCUGAUUUUUACGCAGCGGACAAAAGUGAACCUGAUUUUAAAUUUCCCGAUUCCCAUGUUCAUUCGGCAAAUAUUAUUGUUUAGUGCCAUAUUACAGUCCGUCAAACAAUAUGUCCCUUGACCUUUUUGGGAUGGUUAGGUUCUAAAGUCACCACCUCUUGAGCCAAGCUGCAGAUGAUAACACUAUAAUUUAGUCGUUAGUUUGAUCAAGCACUUGGCUUUUCUAGCUUAUUUCCAAUUUUAAGGAAUAAUUUUAUUGUGCAAGGUUGAUUUACUGCAAACGUACACAUACAGUCGUGUUUUGUUGUUAUUUCUGGAAAUAGUUUUUACAGUUAAUGAGUACCGACAUGUGAAAUGCAAUGGAUGUAUUAUGUCGUGAAUGUAUUCAAAUGUGCCUGAAAUAUUGAAAAACUAAUGCAGUUGAUUCAAUGACAGUGAAUAUAUUUUCAUUUGUCAGGUUUUAAAUGAAGUUGUAACACAAAGAUUUGUAUGACACAAACCACUUUCAAUGAUUGUCACCAAGCUUACUUCAUGACAUGAUCUCAUCAUGUAAUGUACAAAUGUCAAUACAAAAUUGAAAAUUGAUUCUCAAAAUCUGA